AUGUUGAAUCAAAAGGGAACCGCGUUGAGCACGCGACGGCUCAGACAUUUCUUGGCCUGCCUCCUUGUUUAUCUCUUUGUGUCCUUUACUGAUUAUUUCCUGCAGUUGCUCGAGGAAGGCGGCGGUGACUCCCCCGGCGGCGCCUCGGUGGCCCUGACCGCCACGCUGCUGCUCAAUCUUUCCGUCCUAGUGCACGAGGCGGGCCACCUGGCUGCAGCCCGGCUGCUGGGGGUGGCGGUGAGGGAGUGCGCGGUGGGCAUUGGGCCCCCCGUAGCCUGGUGGCAGGGUCCCACCACCACCUACACACUGCGCGCGAUACCCCUCCUCGGCUACGUCACCUUCCUCACCUCCAAGGACGUAGCAGCGGCAGCUGGGCCCGCCGCAUCCGCCAGCACGUACGGCAUGUACGGCAGUCAACACGUUUCUGCGCCUCCCCGGCUGCUGACGUCCCUAUCCCCGGGUCGUCGGGCGGUGGUGAUGGCGGCGGGGGUGGCGGCGAAUGUGGCCCUCGCGGCUGCCUUUGUAGCCUGGCAGGUCCUGUCGUACGGCGAGGUGGAUGUCGUCGUACGGCCAGGUGCCCUAGUACGUCAUGCAGACGGCUGGGUGGCGCCCGAAGAGGCGGGGGAAGGGCAGCAGGAGCGGUUACAGCCCGGUGAUGUCGUACUUGCUGUGGGGCAGUGGAAGCUGCCGGCGGGGGAGCAACUGGAGGCCGCGCUGGUGGCCGCACUCCACCAGGCGGCGGCCGAACAACCACCACCUCCACCGCCAUCACCAUCACCAUCACCAUCACCAUCACCAUCACCAACAACAAUGACAGCAGCGGGGGCCGCGGCCACUGCCAGCACUAUCACCACUGCCGCCAGCUCCUCCGCCAUCUCCCCCUCCCAACCUUGUUCAUCACCAUUCGGCGGCGGCUCCCUCGCCGUCGCCAGCACCAGCUGCGAUCAUUUGGCGCUAGACGGUGCCGUACAGUCGCUGAACGGCGUGAAGAUGACCGUACUGCGUACUCGUACGAGCGGCAGCAGUGGCCUGGCCUCGGAGCGAGUCGUACUGCAGAUGGAUGCGGCAGACGUCCUCAGGUACGAGGACUUGUCGAUCACGGCCAACCUGCAAGUGGGUUAUCGGCCACCUGCGGACGUGUGGGAUGCCGUACAGAUGACGUGGCGGGAGCUCAACAGCCUACCUAACCACCAACCACCAACCAUCUGA